AUGGCAAUCCAUUGGUUUGACUUGGAGAAGUUCUACCAUGAGGUUGAUCAUAUCCUCCGACCUGAUGGGUGUCUCGCCAUCUAUAGCUACAACUCGGGAGACAUAGUCUACCAGGGGAGAAAGCCUGAUGCAGCUUCUAAAGUUUUUACCGAUGCAAAUGUUGCAGAUGGCUUGCUACUCACACGAGAAACACCACAUCAUAUUCGAUGGUCUCAAGGGCCGAAGCUGCCGUACGAAGACUCCAAGAGAGUGGACGACCAAUAUCUAGAAAUCUCUACCAACAUCCGGGGAGUGGUUGGCGAUCUCCAGAGCGAUUCUUCCUAUCGGGCUUACGCAGAAGCUCAUCCUGAAGAUACGCAGUUCCUCGCAAGAUACCACGAUAAAUUGUUGGAGACGCUUGGUUACCCGGAAGAAGGGCCAGAAACACCGGUGGUGAUGCGUCAUCCAGUAGCUGUACUUCUGUCUCGCAAGCCAAGAAAAUGA